GGUUCGACAGACGCCGCCCGCGCUCGCUCUCUGAUAGGAAGGCCCGCCCCCCCAAAGGUCUAUUUCGUGUGCGCCUUCUGCACUUGCCCGGUCAACUGCCCCUCGACAGCAUGAGCCGCGCCUCGGUAGCGAGACUUCUGCAGCGCCUUCUCCCGGCGGUCGCGGCUUCGCUCCUGAUCUGGUGCUUCUUCCUCGGGCAGGAUCCGGGCCCGCGCUACCCCUUCCGCAGCAUACCCGACAUUUCUUCGCCAAAGACGGCUUCUGUGGUCGCUCCAAGGGAAGACACUGUACCUCCCCCCCUUUAUAACGACACUUGGAUAGAGACACGUACCUACACUAUACCUGGAUGUCCGUGUGAAAGGAGCGGCCUCGACCUGGCCAGCCUCCUCUCGCGGCGCAGGGAGGCGCAGGAGAGGCCCGAGGACUUCCCCGAGUGGUUCCUGAAGAGGUUCUCCUUCGAGGGCGCCUCCGCCUGCUCCGACUACGCGACGCAGCGAGGGGGCGGCCAGCGGGUCGUGUCCUACGUGUAUUACGCCAAGGGAGGCAGGUCCGUGAGAGAGAGCCACGACUACAAGAAGUACCUCAGCCAGCUCUACGACACGGUCCACGUCAUCGGCCGCGUGUAUCCCGGAUGGCUCGUCCGGAUCCAUCACAACGUCACCGCCGAUGAUGAGGUCGGCACGGCGGAGCUUUGCCGGAUCUACUGCGACCACGACCACGUCGACCUCUGCCACGCGCAUGACCUCCCCGGGCUCGGUAACAUGAAUGAACAGGGACUCACCGGAAGGAUAUGGAGGUUCGCCGUGAUGGGAGACCCGACGGUGCGGACUUUCCUGAGCAGGGACACGGACAGCUGGGUCCUGGAUCGAGAGGUCGCGGCGGUGCGGGAGUGGCUGGCGUCGAACCGAACCUUCCACGUCGUGCAUGACCACCCGAACCACAAUGCGGUGAUGUUGGCAGGUUUAUGGGGAGCUCACAACAGGGACCUGGGUGCCAUGCAGUCGUUGCGUGACCAGAUGUACAGCAGACCAAAGAGCGAGAUGCGUAGCCAAGAUCAGCUGUUACUCAAGGAAGUCGUCUGGCCAUAUGCGAGGACCAACGUGUUAAACCAUGCCAGUUUCACGUGCAAAAGUAGGCUUCGAGAGCAUGGGCCGGCCGUGCCCUUCCCGACGCAGCGUGAGGGGGACAGGUACUGCGGGUGGGGCACGUACAAGGUCGGACCCGCCAGGAAGGUGGCCAAGGCGGUGUGUCCCGAGGAGUGCCGGCCGAAGGACCACCAGGACUGGACGAGGUGCUAGUGCGUUGGGAUGAAAAGAAAAUGGAAAUCUCGAGCAGAUGAACAAAAACUUGACAACUUCACAUGGCGAUUUCCUGCGACGAAGUUCAAAUAAAAUGAAACUGCUAUAUUAGAGACGCAGUAAAAGCGUGGCGGUCCUUGCCAGACGUGUCGAACAACCCGUCAAGACGCAGUAAUACCGAAAUGUAUAUUCAAAGAGCCAUAUCGGGGUUCCACUGCGUCUGACGAGGAACUGUAGGCGAGUUAGAAACGUUACGGUUUUAUUUCGAAUCUGUUUUGCAUGUACAUAAUGCUGUGCUUGUGCUUGUGUUUGUGAGCUUCCAAGUAUUAAUGAAUAAGCAAUGGGAAUGAGUCAAGAGAGGAACACAACUUCCUGGAAUGUAAUAAUGCACUCGACGCAUGUCAAGAUGAGUCCCAAAAGUAAGAUGACAUCUAACAAACUACUCAGAUUUAGUCACGACCACUGAGAAUGCACUAAACUUUCUUUGUUAAUUGUAAAAAUAGCGAUUAUAGAUACUCAUCGUGGUUAUUCAGAAGCAAUAUUCACGAUUAAAUCGAACAUCUUUAUUGAAAGUAGUUUCGCACAGAAUUACAUUGCAUUUAAAUUUCCUUUGGAAAGGCAUAGUAAAGCAAAAGGAAUUGAAUAUACCAAAUGAUAAUUAGGUCGCUG